AUGAAUGAGAUGAAUCGACAUCUUAUGGCAAUUCUUCAGAAGUUGGGUCCUAAUGAAACCAGAUCACGUGAAACUUCAUCUCCAAUGCAUAAUUCUUCUACAGUGUCCCUUGCCAAACCUGUCAAGCUUGAUUUCCCAUGUUUUUCAAGUGAUGAUCCUACUAGCUGGGUGUACAAGGCUAACCAAUAUUUUGGGUAUUACCAAACUCCAGCUGUGGAGAAACUUACGGUGGUCUCAUUUCACAUGGAUCAAGAAGCUCUGGUUUGGUUUCAAGAUGCAGAGGAGGCUGGUGUGUUCUGUAAUUGGGAGGGUAUGGUACAGGCCGUACAUGUUAGGUUUGGAUCAACACCCUAUGACGCUCCUAUGGAGGCCCUCACUAAGUUGAGGCAAUCUUCAACAGUAGCAGUUUGCAAGGCAGAUUUUGAGGCUUUGCCAAAUAGAAUCAAGGGCUUGUCUUCAAUGCAUAAGAUGAGUUGUUUCCUAAGUGGCUUAAAAGAUGAGAUAUGCCUGCCAGUGAGGAUGCUAAAUCCACAGUCAUUGAAUGCAGCUUUUGGAUUGGCUAAAAUUCAAGAGGAAUACUUGAUAAGUUGCAAAAGGAGUUCUAAAGUCAAUUCCUCUGGGAUUGAAUUGGUGAUUGAUUCACAUUCUGGGGUUAAGAUCACUGAGUUAGAGGAAGAAGUUGGAAGUCCAAUCAAUGAAGGGCAGAAUACUAGUACUAAUUCUGAGGAGGUUGAGAUAACUCUAUAUGCUCUAAUUGGUACUCCCACACCUGGUACUAUGAGGAUUAGGGGUAAAAUCAAUGGAGUCAAUUUGGUAGUUUUGUUGAACACGGGUAGCACCCACAAUUUUAUUGAUGCAACAUUGGUUCCCAGUUUGCAAUUGUUGGUUGACCAAUCUCAAACAUUGGAAGUUAAGGUAGCUAAUGGUGCAGUGGUGAGAACCCAAGGGUUUUGUGAUCAAGUACCAUUCUUAACUACGGAGUUUUGGCAUAAGGGGCACAAGGUUAUGCUGCAAGGAUUGAAGCAAUCUAGUUCACAUCUCCUUGAUUGGGAUCAAUUCUUUAAAACUCCAAUCAAAAAAGGCCUUUUGGUUCACAUCUUAACUCCUUCCUCAUCUAAGAAGCAAGCUGCUCUACCUAAAGAAGUGGUAGAUUUGCUUCAAGAGUUUGCUCAGAUUUUUGACACUCCAGUAGGGUUACCUCAUUUUAGGGGGCAUGAACAUCACAUUACUCUUAAGGAAGGAGCUCAACCAGUCUACCAAAGGCCAUAUAGGUACCCUUUUUACCAAAAGAAUGAGAUAGAAAAGAUAGUUAAAGAAUUAUUGGCUAUUGGAUCUAUAAGGAAUAGUUGUAGUCCAUUUGCCUUUCCUGUUUUGUUGGUAAGAAAGGCAGAUGGGUCUUGGCGUAUGUGCAUUGAUUAUAGGGCACUUAACUUGAAUACUAUCAAGGAUAAAUUCCUUAUACCUGUUAUUGAUGAAUUACUUGAUGAAUUGAAUGGUGCUUGCAUAUUUUCUAAACAUGACUUAAGGUCUGGAUAUCACCAAAUUUGGAUGAGUGAGGAGGACAUUCCUAAAAUAGCUUUUAGGACUCAUGAAGGGUAUUUUGAAUUUAUGGUCAUGCCAUUUGGCCUCACUAAUGCACCUUCAACAUUUCAAUCCCUAAUGAAUCAAGUGUUUAAGCCUUUUCUUAGAAAGUUUGUUCUAGUAUUUUUUGAUGAUAUUCUGGUUUAUAGCAAAUCCUUGGUUGAUAAUGUCUCUCACCUUAGGGCUGUAUUAAGGAAAUUUGUAAGAGGAUAUGGGCAAAUUACAGCCCCAUUGAUUGCUCUUCUAAGGAAGGAUUCCUUUACUUGGACUGAGGAAGCUAAUUUGGCUUUCCAAAAUCUCAAAUCUGCUAUGUCCACUCCACCUGUUUUAGCUCUUCCAGAUUUUGAUAAGAUGUUUGUGGUGGAGUGUGAUGCCUCAGAAUAUAAGAGGGGUAAGGAGAAUGUGGUGGUUGAUGCUCUGUCAAAACAGGUUUCUGGUGGUGGAGUUUCUUCUCAAGAGGGUGUUUUGUGCAUGAUUUCCUUUCCCACCCCUGAUUGGUUGGCUCAACUUAAGGCUAGCUAUGCUACUAAUCAUUCCAUUAUGAGUAUUUUAGAUGCUUUUCAAGCAGGGAAGGAAGGUCCUAAGGGCUUCACUAUGUAG